GGAGGGAGGGAGGGAGUGACAGGGAAGCGGAACGACGGAAAGAAGAAAAGGGUUCGCUGUCUCUGGAGGAAAUUAUUUUGAGGGGGGGCCUCAUUGCGCGAGGAAGCAAGCUAGGAGGCUGUCGGCGGGCUAGCUAAUGGCGCUAAUGGCUCAGUCGGCUGCUAACGGUGUGGACCAGGACCCGGCCGGCAGCAAGAGGCUGCCCUCAAGGAUGGAGGCCUCCUGCUUGGAGUUGGCGUUGGAAGGAGAGCGGCUGUGCAAGGCCGGGGACUUUAAAGGGGGGACAGCGUUCUUUGAGGCAGCCGUACAGGUCGGCACAGAAGACCUGAAGACUCUCAGUGCCAUCUACAGCCAGCUGGGCAAUGCCUACUUCUACCUCAAAGAGUACGGCAAAGCCCUGGAAUACCACAAACAUGACCUUACUUUGGCCAGAACGAUAGGAGACAGAAUUGGAGAAGGGAAAGCGAGCGGCAACCUCGGGAACACGUUGAAAGUGUUGGGGCGUUUCGAUGAGGCUGUGGUUUGCUGUCAGAGACACCUGGACAUUUCUCAAGAGCAGAGAGACAAGGUGGGAGAGGCCAGAGCGCUCUACAACAUAGGCAACGUGUUUCACGCGAAGGGGAAACAACAGUUAUGGGGCUGCACACAAGAACCAGGGGACCUGCCUCCGGAUGUCAGAGACACUCUGCAAAGGGCUACUGGUUUUUAUGAGAUGAACCUGUGCCUGGUCAAAGAAGUCGGGGACCGCGCUGCUCAGGGGAGGGCCUACGGGAACCUGGGCAACACCCACUAUCUGCUGGGAAACUUUGUCGAAGCUAUCAAGUUCCACCGGCAGCGAUUAUCCAUAGCCAAAGAAUUUGGGGACAAAGCGGCCGAGAGGCGAGCCUACAGUAACCUCGGCAAUGCCCUGAUAUUCCUUAGCCAGUUCAACACGGCCACUGAAUACUACAGGAAAACUUUGCAGCUGUCGAGGCAGCUGAGGGACCAGGUGAUGGAGGCUCAGGCCUGUUACAGUCUCGGAAACACCUACACCCUUUUGCAGCAGUAUGAUAGGGCCAUAGACUACCACCUAAAACACCUGUACAUAGCCCAGGAGCUCACUGAUAGAGUUGGCGAGGGCCGUGCCUGCUGGAGUCUGGGGAACGCAUACGUGUCUCUACAGAACCACAAACUAGCUCUCCAUUAUGCCCGGAAGCAUCUGGACAUAUCUAAAGAGAUUGGAGACAGAAAUGGAGAACUGACAGCCAGGAUGAAUGUGGAGCAGCUGAUGGAGGCUUUGGGGGUCAAUGAGAGCGACCUUUCGCCUUCUAGUUCAGAAUUUGAGAUGCAAGGAGCAAGACCCAAAUUCACCAAGCGAAACAGCAUGGACAGCGUGGAGCUGUGGAAGUACUCUUCAGAUAAGAAUGAAGAGAACCAAGACUUGGAGCGUAUACCCAGGAGAUCCAAGAGUCACGUGUCACAGCCGGGCAAAAGAAAAGGCUACCCGGACAGUCAGUCAUCAGACGACAGGCCGUGGUUGGACUCUCCGCUAGACGCCGAUGACAUCACUGUGCAAGUCCCGCCUCCUGUGGCAAAGCUGGGCCGUGACCCGUCCGAUGAAGACUGCUUCUUUGACCUCCUCAGCAAGUUCCAGAGCAGCCGCAUGGACGACCAGCGCUGCCACCUCGACGAGCCGCACAACGGAGACGGCGGAGAAGGCGCCGCCAACUCCGUGCCCUCCCUGAACGAAAUAAUAGACCCGGCGAUCACCACCUCCCCCCAGACCGAGGAGCUGUUCGAUUUGAUCGCCAGCUCCCAGAGCCGCCGCCUCGACGACCAGCGGGUCAAUGUCGGCAACCUGCCGGGACUGAGGAUCACGCACAACAAUCUGGGACACCUGGUGGGCGAGGGGGACCAUCAAGAGCCCAGCGACGACUUCUUCAACAUGCUCAUCAAGUGCCAGUCCUCCAGGAUUGACGAUCAGCGGUGCUCCCCGCCAGAAGCGGGCCCUCACGCCCCGACAGUGCCUGACGAGGACUUCUUCAGCCUAAUCCAGAGGGUGCAGGCCAAGCGCAUGGACGAGCAGCGCGUGCAGCUGCCCUCAGACGACCAGGACGAGCCUCAGCCCCCCGACGCCGAGCCGCCCGCCGGUUUUCCCAGCUAGGACUCCGGGGGG